CACAAUUUCUCUCAAAAUUGGUGUCGGAGCCUCCAACGACCAUAGAAUAUGAAACGUUGACACUAAAAUGUUGACAAACAACAGCUUUGGUUGGCUUCAUGAAUUCUGACUUUGAAUUCUGUAACAAUCUUCAGAUUAUAGAAGAAGCAAACGCUAAAACACGUCGAUGAGACUCAUAAUGGAUAUGCAUCCAGAACAUCAAAUAGACAAAUACUACGUAGUACAUAAAUAUACAUGUAUAUAACCAAGACACACACAUGUACACAAAUAUAUAUCGACAGAGAUUUACACGAUAAAGAGACAUAGACACAAAUAUACAUCGUUAGAGAGAUUUGGCACAUUAUAGAGUGACAAAACACCAUUUCAGCGCGCACACAUACACAAAUAUUAGGAAAGCAUGAUACAUCAUCAUAAUAAUCAGCACAAAGCGAUUCCAAAGAGAAUAAUCUUGGUCCGGCAUGGCGAGAGCCGAGGCAACCUCGACGGUGCGGCCUACAGCACCACGCCGGACCACAGAAUCCAGCUGACUGAGCAAGGCAUUGCCCAGGCGAGGCUCGCCGGAGAGAAGAUCCGGCGAGUGAUCUCCGAGGACGGACGGUUGGACAACUGGAGGGUUUACUUCUACGUGUCGCCGUACGAGCGGACCAGAUCGACGCUCCGCGAGAUCGGACGGUCGUUCUCGAAGGAGAGGGUGAUCGGAGUGAGAGAGGAGUGUAGGGUUAGGGAGCAAGAUUUUGGGAAUUUUCAGGUGGAGGAGAGGAUGAAGACGAUCAAGGAGACUAGAGAGAAGUUUGGGAGGUUCUAUUACAGAUUUCCUGAGGGUGAAUCUGCAGCUGAUGUGUUCGAUCGAGUGUCAAGUUUUCUCGAAUCUCUAUGGAGGGACAUAGACAUGAACAGGCUUCACCAUGAUCCGUCCAAUGACCUAAAUCUUAUUAUCAUAAGCCAUGGGCUAGCUUCAAGAGUUUUCCUUAUGAAGUGGUUCAAGUGGACAGUCGAGCAGUUUGAGUACCUAAACAAUCUCGAGAAUUGUGAUUUUCGAGUGAUACAGUUAGGAGAUGGUGGAGAAUACAGCUUGGCAAUCCAUCACACUGAUGAGGAGUUGCAAGAAUGGGGACUCUCCCCUGAUAUGAUAGCUGACCAGAAGUGGCGAGCUCAUGCCACUAAGGGUGAAAUGAAUGAAAAAUGUCCAUGGUACCUUGAUGCUUUCUUUGAUCAACUACCAGAUUCAGAUGACAAUGUUGGAGGCGAGGAUGACUAAGUUUUACUUCUUUUGUUUCUUUUGAUUUUAUAUUCAUGGGUUACCCUGAUAUUAGGUUGCAUAUUCAUUUGAUUCAAUUGUGUACUUGACUGCAAUUUGGUCACUGUAAUUUGGUUGAAUGAAGAAUUAGAAAUUUUAAUAAUUAAUUUGUUUUGUGAACAAA